AGACUGCUCAUGUAAGUUUUCAUCAGCAGAACUGGCAUGGAUCAUCAGAGAAGAUUUGGCAUCCUUGUUAGAACUAUUGUUUUGCAUUGUUUUAUGAUGAAGAGUGUGCUUUGCAUUCAGAAAAGAGAAUGGAUUGACGUCCCAACAGCAAGAUUAACAGAAGGAGAUGUAGCCUGUUUUUCUGAAUACAUGGAGAUGUGGAUACACAGUGCAAGGAUUGAGGGGUUGGGACUCUGGCUGUCUGGGGCCUUACAGAUCCAAGUCAACCUUGCUUCUCUGGAUAACCUGAACCUCCAGCUGUCUGCCUGUGGAUUCUCACUGCACAAAGACCCUGACAAAAACUUUAUUUUUAGAGUCAGUUUCACUGGAUGUUUUGUUCAGCAACAGCAUGGCUACCAUGUCCUGACACUGAAUUUGGUGAAAAGGAUAAGUCGAUUUGGAGGCAGACCUCACAGUUUCCUGAUGAAGUGUCCUGUUGUUUCUGUGCUGCCUAGCAGAGAGAAAAUCCAGUGUGACCCAGAGUAUAUCCAGGUGACCAGACAAGUUCCCUCUGACAACUGGCAUAAUGAGCUGCAGUGGUCUCUGUCCCUGAGCGAUCACCUCGUUGUAGCUCUGGAGGAUGCCAGCCUGAUCCAGAUGAGCACUGACAUGAACGGACCAGACAUCACAGUUCAAGGCAGGAGAAGGGAGGUCUUGAGCCCUGUCAUAGUGAUGGAAAAUGAAGGGGAAUUUUUGGCCUUGAAGCUGGUCAGUGGUCAGUAUGCCUACAGUAUGGAAGCUACGUGUCCUAAAGUGACCAUGUCCACACCAGAGGAGACUGUGCUGCCCAUUUUCAAACGACGUAUGGGUUUGACUAAGCGAGGCAGUUACGAAAACGAAGCACUGACAGUCAGUAAUGUGUCAGUGAACCAGACGAAUCAUUUCACUGUGCAUGAGAUGGGUGAAUUUGUGACACUGAUCAUUCCUACAGCACAAAUACUCCAGACCAAGGUUUGUGCUGAAAAAACCUGCACAGACAACAAACAACUCCUGCAGCCGUUCUACAGGGUGGAUGUUGUGCUCACCUUCAAAGAGACAAAUCACAAAAUGCAGUGGACCAUGGAGAACACACUGCCGUGCACAGCCAGGCCUGAUGCACCACACAUCACAUCCUCUCCUGUUUCAAACACCACAGCUCUGUCCACGCUCAACUUUAAACACCAGAGUUUAACUACAGAGCAGCCGUUGAUGGACCACUCCACCAUCCCUGUAGGGAAACUAAAUGAGAGAGCUUCAUUCAAAGAGAUGACUGCAGAGUUUUCCACGACUAAUUCACCUCACACAGAGACAGAGGCCCGCAGCUUUAAUUUCCACACUGAUGAGGUGUCAAGGAGUCAAAGUGGAAAUUUGUCUUCCAGGUUUGACGGAGACACUUCCAUUAAUACCACUGAAAUACGCUUUUUUGAUUUUCUAAAUGUGACCGUACAUACUUCAGCAGAGCCAGAUAUCGUUGAGUCAUCAGCUGAACCAUCAGAAGCAUCUGUCCUCACAACGGUUCAACCUGAACAAGAAAACCAACAAUUCAACACCACCAGUGGGAAUAAAGAGCUGCAAAAGCAGAGAGGACUGAAGUGGAUUUGGGGGGACUAGAAACAUGACAGAAACAACAUCAUGCAGUGCACUGAUUCCGGAAGCAAAUAAGCUUCACUAGUAUCCUAUAAUACAACCUGCAUGUGUCUUUCAGGUGUCAGCUUAUCAGUUUUUCUUAUCAUUAAAAGCUUUAUAUGGAUUACUAAAUUGAAUUUCCAGUUCCACCUCUUUUGUUUUAAUUCUCAUCUGUGCCACAUGCUGCACGUCUGUUUGCAGUCUUGAAAGGUGAUGCUGUGGUCAGUCAGCGCUGUGAAGGUUGAUUAUACAAGCAGAAAUACAGCCAGACCUCUGCCAGCCGCUGCCUCAGGGUGGACAUUAUCCAGACGCAACCGAGGCAGGCGUUAAAUAAACAUGUCUCUAUCCGAGCAGCACAACAGGCUGACGUAGAGAAGACCCUGCAGUUGUUACAGCUGAUGCCACCUUCCAGAGACGCUUUGUGUUGGAGACGUACAUAAUAAAGUCUUGAUUUUCAA